CGCCCGGCCCAGCCGCAGGAUGCGCGCUCCACUGCUGCUGCUGCUGCUGCUGCUGGCCGCCUGCGCGCCGCCGCCCUGCGCCGCGGCCGCCCCGACGCCGCCGGGCUGGGAGCCGUCGGCAGACGCGCCGUGGUGCCCCUACAAGGUGCUGCCCGAGGGCCCCGAGGCGGGCGGCGGGCGCCUGUGCUUCCGCAGCCCGGCGCGCGGCUUCCGCUGCCAGGCGCCCGCCUGCGCGGCGCACGCCUCGGCCGGCCGCUCGCUGCGCGCCAGCGUCCUGCGCAACCGCAGCGUGCUACUGCAGUGGCGCCUGGCGCCGGCCGAGGCGCGCCGCGUGCGCGCCUUCGCGCUCAACUGCUCGUGGCGCGGCGCCUACACGCGCUUCCCGUGCGAGCGCGUGCUGCUCGGCGCCUCCUGCCGCGACUACCUGCUGCCCGACGUGCACGACGGCGUGCGCUACCGCCUGUGCCUGCAGUCGCUACCGCUGCGCGCCGAGCCCGCCGUCGCCCCGGAGCCCACCGUCGUCCCGGAGCCUGCCGCGUCCGCCGAGUGCGUGGAGUUCGCCGCCGAGCCGGCCGGCAUGCGGGAGAUCGUUGUGGCCAUGACGGCGGUGGGCGGCUCCAUCUGCGUCAUGCUCGUGGUUAUCUGCCUACUCGUGGCCUACAUCACGGAGAACCUCAUGCACCCGGCCUUUGGGCGCCCGGGCCUGCGCCGGCAGCCCUGAAGUGCGAGGCGCCCGCCAGACCGGGCUCUGCCUGCCCGACUAGGGUGCGGGAGGCCCCAGGGCCUUGGCCCGCUCUCCCCUCCCCGCUCUCGCUCCAUCCUGAGGAUCUCCACGCAGGGCCUGGUGGAGAUAGAUGGGGCACCGGCCGGCCCUUCCCAGGGCCUUGGAAUCACCGCACGACCUUUCCAGCUGAGCAGCCGCCUCCCAAACUCCAGCUCGGGACUGGCCCUUGGGCCUGAGCGGAGAUGCCAGCCGCGUGCAGGGCUCUCCCCGCUCUCCAGAGCCCUUGGGGGGAACCGUCAGAGCACAGAGACCCUCUUCGCAAGAGCCAUUGGCACCCCCGGGCCGUCACCCUGCGCCUCCAGUCUGUGACGCGUUGGAAAAAACCAGGCUGUCGUUAUGGCUUGGUCACUGUGUGCUUUUCCGACUCAAGGGGGCCACUUGGAGCCUGUCCUCUCCCCGCCCCACCCCAAUGGGCUUAGGUAGCUUCGUGCCUUAGUAUCUCGGGCCCACUGCGGGAGCCAGCCACCCUUCCAGUGCUGUCCAAGAGGGUCUGUGGCCCCGAUGCUGGCAGCUUGUGCGUGCUUCUGGCCAGAGCCCCCCUGGGGACCCUCCCUUCAAGCUUUGCAGGAGCAUCCAGUUUGGGUAAGAAGCGUCCUGCGGUGUUUCCCUGUGUGGGCAUUUGACAAGUUGGGAGCCGUGACUUAGCUCGGCAGGCGGCCCAGCGUCCAGCUGUUGUUUCCGGGGGUGAGUGUCCCCUGACCUCGGGGGGAGCUGGUAGUUCACCAGGGCUGGGCUCCCUCCCCUUCCUUUUGUGUGUCUGGUGAGGACUUUCCAUGGGGACUGGGGGUCUGAAAGAGCAGUGCCAUAUCCAGAGGGUGAAGGAUAGAUGCCAACUUGCCCAGCCGGACCUUCCACUGUGAUCUGGAUCCCAAGCCUCAACCACGGCAUGACGGACAGCACCACGCCACCCCAUCCCCGAGCCAGUGGCCAGCUGCCCCGGAUCUGGCUGGGUGCUGCCCCCUGCCCACCUACCCGCUCGCCGUGGACUGAAGGCUGGCCUUGCCCCUCUCCGGGCAGACCUGAGCAUCUUGGCCGAGGUUCCCUCCUGUGCCAGCCACCUGACGAUGCUGGGCGCUGGGAGGGGUGAAGCAUGGCUCGCCCGGCUCUGCGUGAGCCCCCGACUGUGGCUGUCCUGGACCCGGCACAUCUGGAGUCACUGUGGCGAACUCCCCCUCCCCCAGCAGCCACCAGCGACCCUCACACCAGCAGCCUGGCUGGUGCCCCUGCAGCGCCCACUCCCUACCUCUUUGUCCUUGCUCUGCCCGCCCCUGGCGUGGCACUGGUCAGGCGUGAGCCUGGCGCCAGUGUCUAAAUGUCUAUCAUUCUUAGACCCAAA